GACGAAGCCUGGCCAUUAUUACAGCUCUAGACGUUUCUGUUUCAAGUUUCGUAGCUUUCCUUACCAUAAAGCCAAGGUCUGUGAAUGCAUGCAUAUAUGAUAUAUAUAUAUAUAGCAAAGCAGAUGAGGUAAUAAAAUCUUGCUACCAUAUGUCUUUAUUUGCUGUUCUAUAUCAUUAUUCACUGCGUCCAUUCACGUAAGUAGUUGCAGUAACAAUCUAAGAGAAUGGCAGAGGAGGCCACACAAUAUUUUUCAAAUAGUAGCAGCAACAACGAAGGCGACGGCAAUGGCAAUGGCGAUGGCGAUGGUGAUGGCAAGGGAAAGGAGCAUGACAAAUCGGUUGAACUUUUCAUAUCUCAGCUGCCUAGAAGCAGUAGUUGGUAGAAAGAUGGUGUAACCUUGUACCAAAAUUGCUGGUUCCCAUCCAAUAUGAUUCCCAACAUAAUCACCUUACAAAAACAAUUCAAAGCCAAAGACAAAGACAUAAUCCUGACUUCCUUUCCCAAAUCAGGCACCACUUGGCUCAAGUCCCUUUUGUUUUCCAUUCUCAACCGCAACCAACAGUCCUAUGAUCACCACCCCUUGCUCACCACAAACCCUCACCAUCUCGUGCCUACUUUAGAGUUCACGAUUUAUGCCAAUCACAAGAUCCAUGAUUUGAGUACCAUGAGAAGCCCUCGCUUGCUAGCGACGCACAUUCCCUAUGCAUCCCUUCCUGAUUCUAUUAAACAUUGUCCUGAGUCUAAGAUUGUUUACGUUAGUCGAAACCCUCUCGAUGUCAUCGUCUCCAUGUGGUAUUUUGGAAAGGAUCAUCCGGACCGUAACUUGCAGAGCAAUUACACUAUUGAAGACUGUGUUGAUGAGUUUUGUAGAGGAGAGUUUGUAUUUGGGCCAUAUUGGGACCAUGUUUUCGGGUAUUGGAAAGCUAGCUUGGAGAGGGCUGAGAAAGUGCUGUUUUUGAAGUAUGAGGAGAUGAAAGAGGACACUUUUGGUCAAGCAAAAAGGGUAGCAGAGUUCAUACAUAGGGCUGAUCAUUGGGCGGGUUGGUCGAGUUACAAGGCAUUUUUACCCGUUCAAUGUCAUAAUCGGGUUAGCUUCACAGGGCUUCCUUUCUCCCAAGAAGAAGAGAGUGAUGGAGUUGUUGAGCAAAUAUUGGAGAUGUGUAGCUUGAGUAAAUUGAAGGAUUUGGAUGUGAACAAACAUGGCCAAGUUAGGCCUAAUGUUGAAAAUAAAAUUUACUUUAGAAAAGGCCAAGUGGGUGAUUGGAUGAAUCAUCUGACUCCAUCUAUGGUAGAGCGUGUGAGCAUGGUCACCAAGGAAAAAUUGAGUGGUUCUGGUCUAUCAUUCAAGAUGGAUUAAUUUUUCUGUCUUAAAUAAUAGCAAUUAAGUUAAAAUAAAAAAAAAUCAUAUGUAAUUUGAUUGCCUUGUUGUCAUUAAUUCUUUGAGUUUUAUUAUGUGUGCUCUUAUCAUAUUUGUAAGUUUUUAAUUAGUAG